UCCGGUGCGAGCCAGGCCGAGACGCCGGGAGCUCGAUGGUUCGGGAGGGCGGCAUGGCCCGGACACCCCGCAGCUCGACCCAGGAGAUCCAGAUGGACGUGUUCGACAACCCCGGCCUCCAGGGGAAAUACAGCAAGCGGAAGAGCAGGUUUAAACGCUCUGAUGGCAGCACCUCCUCGGACACGACUUCCAACAGCUUCGUCAGACAGGGCUCCGCGGAUUCCUACACCAGCCGCCCCUCGGACUCAGAUGUGUCUCUGGAGGAGGAUCGCGAGGCACUGCGCAAGGAGGCCGAGCGCCAGGCCCUGGCGCAGCUGGAGAAGGCCAAAACCAAGCUGGUGGCAUUUGCCGUGAGGACAAACGUGGGCUACAACCCUUCCCCCAAUGAUGACGUGCCGGUCCAGGGGAUGGCCAUCUCCUUCGAACCCAAGGACUUCCUGCAUAUCAAAGAGAAAUACAACAACGACUGGUGGAUCGGGCGCCUGGUGAAGGAGGGCUGCGAGGUGGGGUUCAUCCCCAGCCCCGUCAAGCUGGAGAACAUGAGGAUGCUGCAGGAGCAGAAGAUGAGGCAAAACCGCCUGAGCUCAAGCAAAUCGGGGGACAACUCCAGCUCCAGCCUGGGAGAUGUGGUGACGGGGACCCGCAGACCCACCCCGCCUGCCAGUGGUACUCUGGACAUGACUAAUUUAGCUUAUGACCUAGACGCCCUUGACUUAGAGCUGGAGGAGGCCGAGGGCCUGGAGAACCCCCGAUCCCCUAAGGCUAGCGUCAGCAGUGUCACCACGUCCCCCUCCAACGUCAAGCGCAUCCCCUUCUUUAAGAAGGCGGAGCAUGUGCCGCCGUACGACGUGGUGCCCUCCAUGCGGCCGAUCAUUCUUGUGGGGCCGUCCUUGAAGGGGUACGAGGUGACGGACAUGAUGCAGAAAGCCCUCUUCGAUUUCCUGAAGCAUCGUUUCGACGGCAGAAUCUCCAUCACGCGGGUGACGGCCGAUAUCUCCCUGGCCAAGCGCUCCGUGCUGAACAACCCCAGCAAGCACACCAUCAUCGAGCGCUCCAGCACCCGCUCCAGCCUGGCUGAGGUGCAGAGCGAGAUCGAGCGGAUUUUCGAGCUGGCCCGGACACUUCAGCUUGUGGCCCUGGACGCCGACACCAUCAACCACCCGGCCCAGCUGGCCAAGACCUCGCUGGCCCCCAUCAUCGUCUACAUCAAGAUCACCUCCCCCAAGGUGCUCCAGAGGCUGGUCAAGUCCCGGGGGAAGUCCCAGGCCAAGCACCUGAACGUGCAGAUGGUGGCGUCGGAUAAGCUGGCACAGUGCCCUCCGGAAAUGUUUGACAUCAUCCUGGACGAGAACCAACUGGAAGACGCCUGCGAGCACCUGGCUGAGUACCUGGAAGCCUAUUGGAAGGCCACGCACCCGCCCAGCAGCAACCCGCCCAAUCCCCUCCUGAACCGCACCAUGGCGACCGCCGCCCUGGCCGCCAGCCCCGCCCCCGUCUCCAACCUCCAGGGACCCUACCUAGUGCAUGGGGAGCAGACGCGUGAGGGGGAGCGCGCCAGCCUGCACGACUACCCGGGGGAGCUGGUCAACCGCGGCCAGGGGCGGCCAGGCCAGCAGCACGCUCGCCUGGCCAACCGCGGCCUGUCCCGCCAGGACACCUUCGACUCGGAGACCCAGGGCAGCCGUGACUCUGCCUACACCGAGCCGGGCGAUUCCUGCAUGGACAUGGAGACGGACCCCUACGAGGAGCCCGAGCCCCGCGGCGGCACCCCCGGCGCCUACCCCCGGGGCCUGGGCCGCCACCACCUCCACCAGCGCCAGGGCUCCUGGGACGAGGCCGAGCCCGACCACCAGAACCACAACCGGCAGCUGCGAGGCCGGAGCAAAGGGCGCGACCGCUACUGCCCCAAUGAGGAGGAGGCCAUGAGCCGGAACAAGAAUGACCUGGAGGGCUGGGGGCGGGACGUUUACAUCCGCUAAGGGAUGGGGCACCUGGCUGCUAGGGGCCCCAGGGGGUGGGGCUUCGGUCAGCUAGGGGCCCCUGGGAUGGGGCGUUAGCUACUGGGGGGGGGUUCAGUGUAUCUGAUAGGGGAUCGCUCUCCUCUGAGCAUAGCACCCCCCUGUGAGGCUGGUUUGUUUCAUGCCCCCUAGCAGGGUUGGCCUGAGAUUGUAUGAUGCUCCCCCCCCCUCCAUGGGGAUCCCUUGCCAGCAGUGCCGGGGGGCCCCUCUGCCAGUGGUGCUCCCCACUCAGCCCCCAGAGGGGCCCUUCUCAUCUCCCAUAAGAUAGUGAAGAUUCACUCCCACCUUAAACCCCUCAGGGGACCGGGGGGAGGGGCAGCCCAGUGUUUCUUGGGCUUUCCCCGCCCCCAAAGCUGACCAAACUGGGACCCAGCUUGCUUCCCCCUGCCUGCCCCCCUCACAUGCAGAUGUGUGGCAUGGGGCACCAUGCCCUGAGGCAGGGCACCUUCCCCCCCCGCCCCAGGGAGGAAAGCAUGCUCAACCCUGGUAUGUAACCGAUCAGUCCCGGGGCUGCCUCAAAGCAGCCACCUCCUCCUCGCUCCCGGCCCUGUUCUGAUCCCCGCUCACCCGGCCCCCCGUCCCGUUGUAUUUCCAUGGUGCUCUCAAUGACCCAGCCGCCAGGGGAGUGGGACGGCCGGCGCCUCCGAUCGGUGGAGAGAACCCAGCUCCCGGGGUCCCCGCCCAGCGCCAAGGAAUCUCCUCUGCGGUCCAGUGCCUACAACAACCCAGCCCCUUGACCACACGGCCCCAUCCAGGCCCAGCCGGCAGCUCCCCCAGCUCGAUUUCGCCUGCCAAGACAGAGCGGAGGGGGCGAUGCAUGCGUGUGGGGUGUGCACUGGGGGCUGCCAUGAGUGUGCCCCGUAAGGGACCCGACGUGGGGUGGCUGUGCUGAACGCGUCCACCCUGCCUGCUGAGCCGUGCGGCCUUCCCCGCAUGUGAGUGCUGUGUGGUAGUCUGGGCGGGGCGCCCUAAGCCUGAAGUCGGCCAGGAGGGGCGGGUUGACACCCUGAUUUCUGAGGGCAAAGCGCCCCUGGGCUGUAAUGCCCCCCACUCCCCAAGGCGGGGAAGGGCUGACGGGGGCGGUAUCUCCCAGCUAGCUUGAGAGGGGAGGUGUUAACAGCUUCUUGAGGCUCCGCUCUGGCCUGCCCUGUUCUCUUGCGCCCACUUCUGGGGUGGGAACCAGGGCUCAUGGUCCUGCCUGUUGGGACCCUUCACUUCUGGGGUAUUUUUAUCCCGGAUGGAGUCUGCAGCUCCCCAGCAGGCUCCUCCCCAAAGGCCCAGGCCCUUCCCUGCCCUCCCCACUGGGGCUCUGUUCCCCACACGCUGCCUGGGAUGGUGGAAGCUGGGAGGAGGGUGGGGUGAAAGGGAUCUGGAUGGAUCCAGCCCAGAUCUCUGACUUUCUGGGCAGCGCUGAUUUCCCUGCCCCCUCCCCACCUGGUGCCAAAACCUGGGCUGACAUGAAAUGGCAUGGCUGCCCAGCGCCCCUCCCCUGUCCCGUGCCGUGUCUUGCGUCCCUGUGGCUGUCCGAUGUGUGUCCAGUCCUGUCUUGUCCGGCCAUGGUGCGUCCGUGUGUGUGUAUGUAAGUACGUGUCUGUCCCCGGCCACUGCUACGCACCAGCUGGGACAGGGGCAGGACCUGGCUCUGCAUAGCGCCUCUUGGAUGUGAGUUCCCUGGCGCUCUGCCCAUCGGACACCCCCCACAUCACGUGUGCGCCUGGAGGGGCCUGUGCCGGCCUCCCUGCCCUGCCCGGCGGCUAUGGAUCCAGCCCACCCCUGCUCCGCCUGAAGGGAAUGUUAAGCUUUGCUCUUAGAGUCCGUAGGGGGUGGGGGCAACCCCCCCCAUUAGGGUAUCACUGGAAGCUUCACCAGGGGAGCCCUGCCUUAGACCAGACCCAUGGGCUGACCAGUCCCACAUCUGGCAUUCACUAUAAACCCUGAUUGUGCAGCACUGUCUGGGUUUCGGUGGCCUCUUGAGGUUGAUUGGCAGCUGUCUGUGAUUCCCGCGGUGCCGUCUAGUGGGUAGAACAGGGACCUGGGGUGCCUCAGGUCCACACCUAGCUCUGCCAUUUUGUCAGGCUACACUCCUUUUCUGUGCCUCAGUUUCCCCUUUCUGUAAAUGGGGGGAUAACAAAUGAACCUCCACUAAGCGCUAUGAAAUCUGCAAGCUCUAGCCACAUCUAUGUAUUGUAGAUACUGCACUUCAUGGCUCUCUGUGCUACUGCUCAUAGCUUCAUGGUGGUAGCAGACCUAGGACUCAGCACACAGGCCUCUACCAUUUGAACUACAGGAGAAUCUCCUUUGGCAGUAUGGGGCCUAUGAUACACUAUUGAACCCAGUAGAGGGUGGCGGGGAGAAGGUGUCUAUGAAAUGCACACAGCCCGAAUGUGAGCAAAGCCACUUGAAAGCAAUGAACCAUCCUGUAUUUAUGUCAUUUAACAAACUAUUUUAAAAGCGUAUUUUAUUUAUUUAUUAUUGUUCAUUCGGGGAGGGGGUAACGUUAUCCCAUUUGCUUGAUUCUUUGUAAUAAAUAUUUAAUUGAGACCUCG